AAAAUGAAACAAAAACGGCUUCACUCAUAUUCAAAAGAUAGCAAUUGAUUGCAUUUUUAUCGAUACCCGGCACUCAAGAUCAGCGUUGCAAGCAUCGAUACCAUCAAUUUUUACGCGCGAAUGACGCAUGUUAACUAACAUUGCGAUUACAUUAGUAUUUUGAACGCAACGAAGAAAACCACACAGAAAGGACGCCAGAAAAAUAAUUUGUGCAAAAGAAUUUGAGUUGAGUAUGGCAUCAAAUACAGAAAUGGAGAUUGGAGAGGCAAAAAAGACGCCUGCGGCUAAAAAAACGCGCAACUCUGUGCGACAAAAGCAGAAAAUGGUGGAUAAAAGUGAAUUUAUACUCGAUGAGGUUACUGCUGGGGCACCAGCAACGCCAAAAACAACAACCAAUCGCAGUCAAAGUGAGACGCCGCGUCGCAGUGCCCGGAAGAGCGUGCGUCCUCCCCUGGACUAUGAGGACAUCAUCGAAAGGAAUACGCUGAGCUCCGCACGCAAGGAGAAAAAGGACAGGAAUUCUAAGGCGCAGGCUGUGGUGGUAGAGGAGGUGGUCAAGUGGACGGCUGCCGAGGUGGGCCGUCAUUCCGUGAAGCGACAUCGCAGUCGCAGUCGCAAAUCCAGCAAGCGAGCUAAAUUCCAAAACGAAAUAGAAGAAGAAUCACCAGGAGCAGAAGACAAGCAGGAGUUGGAAGACGGAGAUGGAGUAGAAAAGGAACAGCAGUUGGAGGAACUCCAAUUGGAGGCAGUAGGAGUAGCAGAAGAGGACCCGCUGGAGGUGGCAGCUGAACCCAGUCAUAAGGGAAAUUAUGAAAACGAUAAUUCGAACUUAAAUUUAAGUACGCAGCUGGAAGUUGCUCAAGAGGAUGCAAAAGUAAAGCUAGAUGCCACAAAUCCCAUCCUGGAGGCAGCAGCUGAGUCAGAGAACAAUAAUCCUGUCUUGGAGACAGCUAAAUCAAGUGUGGAGCUGAAAGCUUUCGAGACCAAAACUCUUGUCGUAAAGGUCGCUAAAUUAAAUCUGGAUCUAGAAGCUGUGGAAGUAAAAAAUCCAGUCGUAGAAGAAACUAAUACAGAUCUGGAGCUGGAAAUAGUUGAAGAUGUUUUUUUUUCGAUCGUGGAGGCAAAUGUGAAGCUGGAUCCUGUUGAAGCAUCCACAAAUCCCAUUCCGGGGGAGGCUGAAUCAAAACUGGGAGCUGCGCUCGAAACUGAGCUGGAAGAUACUAAAGCCAUCUCGGAGGCAGCUCAAUCAAAUGUGGAGAUAGAACGAGUUGAAGACGUCGCAGGGCACAUUAAAUCCAACGAAGAUUCGGUUAAAUCAAAUCUGGCCACAAGACCAAAUCUGAUCUUGGAGACAGCCAAACUGAACACUGAUGAUAUGGAUGAACUUGGCCUGUGCCCGCUGCCGCCUGACGAGCAGCUCAAAGAUGACGAUAAUGCGGAUCAUGAUCAUGAUCUCGAAAUGCUGCCACUUGUAAUGCCCUCUGACGAUGAGAACAUUUUAAACAGCACUUUCGAUGCGGAUCCAAUGGCGAGUGUUGACCACAUUGCAUGGCUCUGCAAUGCUGAUGACAACAAAAGUGAAGGCAAACCCGAAGGAUAUCGCUUCCCUACACCCUUCAAGCGUAAAAUCAAUCCGAGUUUUAAAUUCAAUGAACUGCCUACAAUCGAUGCUGGGAGCGCUAUGGAGAACGCACGUCUAUUGACAUCGCUAAGUGAGCAGUGUCGUCCACGCAAGCGUUCCAAAUCUGCGUCGGGGCUGACAAACGAUGACAAGGCAAAAAGUGUCUCCUUCUUCAGUCCCAUCGAGGUGACUCGCGUGGAAGACAUCGACAAACGCUGGGAGCCACCUGUGGUCACAAGCAAUGUCACCCAGCGUCGCAAACGUUCGAAAUCCUUGGAUGAGAAGCGACCUAACAUCAGCCGCAUACCCAGGCCGAAACAAUAUGCUCCAGUUGCUGCUGCUGCUGUUGUCAAAGUUGCCACACCAUGUGGCAAGUCGAAGACACGCACAAAGCUACCCGAUUUUGCGGCCAUACAUCAAAAGCAUUUUGGCCAAAUGGAGAAUCUGGUCGAUCACAUCGAGCGCAAAGCUUUGCGUGCCAAAAUGCUAACAAGCUCAGCACUCAAACAGCAACAACAACAAAAACUGCAACAGCAACAACAACUGCAACAGCAACAACAACAACAAACAAUAUCGUCAACAAUUAAAAAGUUAUCCAACAAAAAUGAGGAACGUUCUCGGCCGCGAGCUCUAAAGAAGAUUGAUUUACCGAGCAUUUAUUUGUCGCCGAUGACGCCAGGUGAAAUGGAGCGACAGAAACGGUUGCCAACGCCACGCAAAAUUGUUCCAACAAAAACUAAAACAAACACUUCCACAAAAAGACCAACAAAAAUUGCAACAGCAACAGAAAAAAAAGCAACAACUGCAACGCGAGCAGUAUUUAAUUUUUCCACAACUGCUCCAAAGAUUUUGAACUCAGCUUCCACUUCGAGUAAACCUGCCGCGGAGCCGUUGCAAGAUUGUAAUAAAACUGAGGCACGUCGCCGGCGGCACAUGGAGAUGUUCAAGGGUGGGCGUGGUGCCACAAAGGAGAAGCGCAGCGAACUGAUUCGCGGCGUGCGCUCCAAUCGACGCUUUGAGCUUCAAAUGCAACAUCGCCGUCAAAUGGACGGUUAAUUUUUGUUUUAAUUUUUACAAUUGGGAUUUGUAGUAUUUUAUUUAAUGAAUGAGAAUAUGUUUUAAUUUGUACCAGUUUUCAUUGCCAUUUCUAUUUUAGGUUCGUUCUUUCAAAAUGUAUAUUCGAUUUAAACUGUAAGCUUCAUAAAAUCGAUGUUUUCUCAGCUUAAAUGAUAACUGCUUAAAAGUCUUAUCUGUAAGUGCAAAAUA